CCCCUUCUCUCACACACACACACACAUACAGUGAUAUGGGAAGCAGAAGCGACGGGGAUGAUCCGAGUACUUCGGAGAGUUUAUUGCUCAUCACUACUGAAGAUAGGCAGCAACGGAGGAGUAACACCUCAUCUUCUCCGGCGACAGCCGUGGUUGUAUUCAGCACUGUGGUAGCUGUUUCUGGAUCUUACGUUUUCGGUUCUGCUGUUGGCUUUUCAUCUCCAGCUCAGACUGGAAUCAUGGAAGACCUUAGCAUGUCCUUGGAAGAGUAUUCAGUUUUUGGUUCAAUAUUGACAAUCGGAGCUAUGGUAGGUGCAGUUAUGAGUGGGAAAAUUGCUGAUCAACUUGGAAGGAGAAGGACCAUGGGGCUUUCUGAAAUGUUUUGUUUGUUAGGGUGGUUAGCAAUUUUAUAUUCCAAGGUUUCUUGGUUGCUGGAUGUUGGAAGACUGUUGAUAGGAUAUGGAAUUGGGGUUCUCUCUUAUGUGGUACCAGUUUACAUAGCAGAAAUAACACCUCAAAACCUUCGUGGAGCAUUUACCACUGUUAAUCAGCUGAUGAUAUGCAUUGGAGUAUCUGUAAUGUGGCUUAUUGGAACUUUCAUUCAUUGGCGUUCACUAGCUUUAAUUGGAAUCAUUCCAUGUAUGCUACAGAUUCUAGGCCUUUUAUUCAUUCCUGAAUCUCCUAGAUGGCUUGCAAAAAUUGGUUUAUGGAAAGAAUGUGAGUAUGCUUUACAACAACUUAGGGGAGAGAAUGCAGAUAUCUCUGAAGAAGCUGCUGAAAUCAGAGAUUACACAGAAACACUUGAUCAGAUAUCAGAAAGUGGAGUCUUUGAUUUGUUUCAACCAGAAUAUGCCAAAUCUCUCAUUAUUGGAGUUGGACUUAUGGUAUUACAACAAUUUGGUGGAGUCAAUGCUAUUGCAUUUUAUGCAAAUUCCAUCUUUAUUUCUGCUGGUUUUUCAAGUAGCAUUGGUUCAAUAGCAAUGGUUAUUGUUCAGGUUCCAUUUACUUUAUUAGGCGUACUUUUAAUGGAUGUUUCAGGUAGAAGGCCUCUACUAAUGGUCUCAGCAGCUGGAACAUGCUUAGGUUGUUUCCUAACUGGGAUAUCAUUUUUGCUACAGGAUCUUCAAGAGAAUAAGGGAGUAAGCCCUAUCUUGGCACUUGUUGGUGUAUUGGUGUUUACAGGAUCUUUUUCAUUAGGCAUGGGAGGGAUUCCAUGGGUAAUUAUGUCUGAGAUAUUUCCUAUAAAUAUCAAGGGUUCAGCUGGAAGUCUUGUGACAGUAGUUAACUGGUUUGGUUCCUGGGUUGUUUCAUAUGCUUUUAACUUCCUCAUGAAGUUUAGCACCGAAGGAACAUUUUUCAUGUUUUCAAGCAUAUGCUGUGUGACUGUUUUGUUUGUUGCAAAAUUAGUACCAGAGACCAAGGGUCGGACACUAGAAGAAAUUCAAGCAUCCAUGAACCCUUUUAUUGUGAAUUGAUGUAUAAUAUGCAUACCACAUACAUCCAUACAUGCAUGCACAUGUCCUUCAUUUUAGAAUGAGUUGUUUUGAGUGUAAAGAUUAUAAAACUAAUCGAUUAUUGGGUAGGACAUGUCCAAUCUCACACCUUUCUUUGAGAUGGAAUUUGUAAUAUUUGUUCCUUACAUGUUGUCGUAUCAUCAUGGGUAAUAAACAGGGUGUAUAAUCAGACUUCUUUGUGAUGUAUGUAUAUUGUACUCUUUACAACAAAUUUGAAAGAUUUCUUCGUAUUUAUGGAGAUAUAAGAUUGUUAGAUUUGUUUUAA